AAAGUAUAAUGCUUCCAGACGUGAUUAUUCUACUUAAUUAGCUAUGUAUUCCUACAGCUGUGACUAAGUUGCCACAUAUUUAUGAUACAAACAACCACGCAAGUGUGGCGUUUUAGCGGAAACUGACGUUACCAUGGCAAUUUUGUAAAGGUAUUCAGCAGGCGAAUUCACCUACCUGCACGCCAGCUUGAAGACUUUUCAGAAACCUCCCUAAACAAACAUUUUCAAUAUACAAAUUGUCUGCAUUUUACCAUACUAGAAGCUCCGCGUGAACAAUGCCAAGUGCUGUUGUUGGUGAGAGAGCGGGCGGAGGGUGAUUGGCUGUGGGAUCUCUCCAUUUUGGAAACAGCUGUUUAAAGCCCUGUCCCUCUUUCUCAUUGUGUUAAACUGACUGUCAGAGGAGCGUUGGAUUUGACUGGGAAUCUCGGAACAGAUCAAUUGAAAUCUAUCAAAUCGGUGCGGGAAUGCGGGAAGAGCGCUUGGAAAUGAAGGGGAAUCCCGACAAAGAGUGAAUGGCGUUGUAACAAGUGGAAGAAAGUGAAGAGGAUCAAGGUAUUGAAAAUUUCUUCACUUCGUUGCAGUCAUG